UCCUGCCUGUGCUCGUCGCCCCGACCCUGCACUGCGGCUCGGCUCGCCUCGCGUGGCCGCCCGUCUCGGAGUCACGGGCCUCGGGGCGGGGCGCGAGAGGCGGAAGCGCCUGUCCGAGAGCCCGUCGGCUGUGUCCCGCCUUCGCCCUCCGUGCGCGACCCGGUGGGGCCCUGUCAUGUGACUUCUGUCCCCGAGCCUCCGCGGGGAGAUCUGAAGGUGUCCCUGGCGCCGAGGAGCAGUGGGAGUUGGGUCCCCCAGCCUUGGGGUCCUGGCUUCUGUCAGCGCUCCUGCCCGUGUGCAAUGCAAGUACUGUGGGUGCUCGCCCUGGCCCUGGCUGCGGGCCCGGCCGCUGCCAGCCCCCCCAACAUCAUUCUGAUCUUUGCUGACGACCUGGGCUAUGGGGACCUGGGCUCCUACGGACACCCCAGUUCCACCACCCCAAACCUAGACCAGCUGGCCGUAGGGGGACUGCGGUUCACAGACUUCUAUGUGCCUGUGUCCCUGUGCACACCCUCCAGGGCUGCCCUCCUGACUGGCCGGCUUCCUGUCCGUACGGGCAUGUACCCUGGAGUCCUGGAGCCCACUUCACAGGGGGGCCUGCCACUGGAGGAGGUGACCUUGGCGGAAGUACUGGCUGCUCAAGGUUACCUCACAGGGAUGGCUGGCAAAUGGCACCUUGGGGUGGGACCUGAGGGUGCCUUUCUGCCACCCCACCAGGGCUUCCAUCGGUUCCUGGGCAUCCCCUACUCCCAUGACCAGGGUCCUUGCCAGAACCUGACCUGCUUCCCACCAUCCACGCCCUGUGAUGGAGGCUGUGACCAGGGCCUUGUUCCCAUCCCGCUGCUGGCCAACCUGUCUGUGGAGGCACAGCCGCCCUGGCUGCCUGGACUCGAGGCCCGCUAUGUGGCCUUCGCCCGCAACCUUAUGGCCGAUGCCCAGCGACAGGGCCGUCCGUUCUUCCUGUACUAUGCCUCCCAUCAUACACACUACCCCCAGUUCAGCGGGCACAGCUUCGCUGGGCGCUCAGGCCGGGGGCCGUUUGGAGAUUCCCUGAUGGAGUUGGACGCAGCUGUCGGGGCCCUGAUGACCGCUGUGGGGGACCUAGGACUCCUCAGAGAGACAUUGGUCAUUUUCACCGCAGACAAUGGGCCAGAGACCAUGCGUAUGUCCCGUGGCGGCUGCUCCGGACUGCUGCGCUGCGGAAAAGGAACAACCUUUGAGGGAGGUGUCCGUGAGCCUGCCUUGGCCUUCUGGCCAGGCCAUAUUGCUCCAGGUGUGACGCAUGAGCUGGCCAGCUCCCUCGACCUGCUGCCCACCCUGGCCUCCCUGGCGGGGGCCCCACUACCCAAUGUCACCUUGGAUGGCCUUGACCUUAGUCCCUUACUGCUGGGCACUGGAAAGAGCCCUCGGGACUCGCUCUUCUUCUACUCAACCAACCCUGAUGAGGUCCGGGGAGUCUUUGCUGUGCGGAGUGGGAAGUACAAAGCUCACUUCUUCACCCAGGGCUCAGCCCACAGUGACACCACGGCCGACACCGCCUGCCACGCUUCCAGCCCCCUGACGGCUCACGAGCCCCCCUUGCUCUAUGACCUGUCCGAGGACCCGGGUGAGAACUACAACCUUCUGGAGGGUGUGGCUGAGGUGUCCCCUGAGGCCCUGGAGGCGGUGAAGCACUUGCAGCUGCUCAAGGCCGAGUUUGAUGCUACGAUGACCUUUGCCCCCAGCCAGAUGGCCCGGGGGGAGGACCCAGCACUGCAGAUCUGCUGCCAACCCAGCUGCACCCCCCACCCUACUUGCUGCCACUGCCCAGGCCCCCAGCCCUGAGGGGCCCAGGUCCCCUGGCCCUGACCUGGCAGAUGAGGGUCAGUAUGGGGAAGGGGCAGCUGUGUGGAGGGCGCUUGUUUUACAAAUGAAGCGAUCCAGCUGAGA